GUCUUGCGCACUUGCACGAACGAGGCAGGAACUGGACUCGUCAAGGCAGUGAGCUCAUGGGCACGCACUCGGACUGAGGCCGCACGCUACCCUCGCUCCUUCUGACGGGACAGAAGGAUGCAACAGCUCACAAAUGGUCUCGGCGGAGCUCGCAGAUCACCGAUAGAUCACCGCGAAGCUGUCCUGCCAGCUCACGAUGUCGGCGUGGCCGAACCUGAUGAUCCCGUCGUCAGAGUAGCCCGACAUGGCAUGCCUUUGUCGCCUCCAGGCUCCAUUCCAAGCUCGAGCGUCGUCGGCAGACCACGCGCAGGCACACUGCCUUCCUCUUUCUUCUCGGCCGGUUCCGGCUUCCUCGAGCUGCCUCCCUCGCACUCACGUGGCCGUUCGCCCGUCGGACUGCGCGUGGACGAUGCAAGCUCGAGCAGGGAUCCUUCCCGCUCGCCGUCAGUUGCCCAGCAGACACUCAAUGCCCUCAGAUCAGAUCUCGUCAGACCAAGCUCAUCCGUCGACUUGACCUCCAUGGUCAUCACGAGAGACCGUUCGGGCUCCGUCGGCAAACCUACCAUUGGGGCAGUCUUUGGCGACGGACUCUUCUCUGGUCGUUGGACGCCGCAGACACAGCCGUCUCCUCUCGUCCCUCGGAGCCGGCAGGAAAGCUCAGAGGACCCCAUGCCGCUCAAUAGCGCACUCGAGCCGGAGCCAACGCAUGUUCAUACUCUUGACUAUCUUGGACUCAACGACGCGCCGAGCCAGCCAGCGAAUCCUUCACCCGCUGAGGAUGCUAUCCUGGCACAAGCAGCGCAAGACCUCAGCCAGGAGAUCCUCGCUGCCGCGCGUCAGAAUCGCUUGCGUGCCCAAACAAUGAGCGCUGCCGCCGCCUUGCGCGCCAUCGAGGACGAUCUGAGACAGACCCGCAUCAAUGGCACCUCGCCCGAACUCGCGCGUCAGCAUCGCACAGCUGUCUCUGCCGACUUUGUCAAUAGUCGAGAAACUUCACCUGUAGAGGAACGUCACAGAUUGCCCAGUCCCGCUAGCUUGCUGCCAGCGCUACGCGAACAAGUCAUGGUUGCAGAGGCGCGCACAGGGAAUGGUUUGGCAGAACCGAGGCUUCUGCCUACCUCUGUCAUCUCUCGCCCAAGGGCAGCUACUAUGCUGCCUGAUGGUCCCGUUCAGCAACAAGCGAUCACGCGUCCCAGAGCGGGCACGGCUAGCGCACUUUCACCCGAAGGCAAACGUCGAAUGAUGCAAGCACAGGCUAUGGCUGCUCAAGAGUAUAAUCUCAGCUCGAGCGAGGCAUCACUCAGUCCGACAGAACCUGUCUCUGGCUAUGCAGACGAAGACUAUCUUCAGUCAGCGCCUGAGCAAACAUCAUUCUACGAAUCAGACCGGCCAACCUAUGAUAGCCAGGAUCGAAUAAGCUCAGGCCACUCACCGAGUCCUCAACCCGGCAGAACGCUUUGGCUUGGGUCUCUGCCAUCAAGCGUCAGCUCGGGCGAGUUGACCCGCAUCUUGUCAAACUAUGGCGCGCUCGAGUCGGUCAGGGUAUUGCCUCACAAACAAUGCGCAUUCUGUUCUCUGUCGACCGCCGAGGAAGCUGAACGAGCAAGACUAGCGCUCAAUCAGUCAGAAAUCUUUGGGCGAGACCAUGGACCGAUCAAGGUCGGGUAUGCUAAGAAUCCGACUGCCAUGCGCCCCUCGAGAUCACAGUAUGAGCAUCUGGAAGUAGGACCACCAGCGAUGAUUCACCGUGUACCCUCAUUAUACGCAUCGGACUCGUACGGCCUGCCCCUGGUGGCUAUCGAUAUGAACGCGAUGCCAUUAGGUCAAACGUUCAGCGAUCGGCCAAUCCAACAAACGCGUCUGAGCCCUUCGAUCGUGCCAUCGCGGCUUUCGCCUGCGCCUAACUCAUCCCACGCGCAGCAGCCGGCCAGAACCGACAUCGUUUCAUCAGAGGAGCUGCAUCGCAUUGCUGUCGGCCUCGCCGAAAGUCCUACCGAGCUGAGCUUGCUCGAGGUCCAGCCCUCAAAGGCAUCCUACUAUCCUUCAAUUACAGCCAACAUGCUCGCAGAGCUGCAGCAGUCUAGUAGGAGAGCACAGAUGGAUGCUACGACUUUGCGCGAAAUCAGACGAUACCUCGAGGCCCCGGAGGCGACCGGCGAAGAUGCAGACGAGACAGCUCACAAGCUCAUGCUUGAUGCGGUGUCGAUCGCGAGCGACUACAUAGGUAACACGGUCACGCAGAAGCUGUUCGAAUUAUGCUCGCUACCUGUGCGACUUAUGAUGCUCGAGAGGAUUGCGCCUCAUCUCGCAAUAAUCGGAUCCCACAAAAACGGCACAUGGGCUGCUCAAAAGAUCAUCGCUUGCGCGACAACGCCUGAUGAGAGGACGGUCAUCUGCAGGCAUAUGGCUGCCUGGAUUCCGGCUCUCUUGCUCGACCAGUUCGGCAAUUACGUCGUCCAAGGCAUCGUCAAAUUUGGCGCUCCAGCCAAUGGGAUCGUCUUUGAUGCGAUGUACGAUCGCUGCUGGCAGAUCGCACAGGGACGCUUUGGCGCGCGCGGCAUGCGCACUUGUCUGGAAAGCUCGAUGAACACACGCUUGCAACAGAAGCGAGUCGCACUUGCCAUUAUCACGAAUGCCGUGCCACUUGCAAUGAAUGCCAACGGAACCUUGUUGCUUACUUGGCUACUCGACUCCUCUUCUCUAAGCCAACGAUAUGCAUUGCUGGCGCAGCAACUUGUACCUCACUUGUCCCAGCUCUGUACACACAAGACUGCUGCAUCGACGCUCACUCGCAUCCUUUCGCAACGGCUUGACCUCACUGCGCUUCAAAUUGUCGUCACUGGUUUCCUGCAACUGUCGCCUGCCGCGCUCGAUCAGGUCCUGUCAGAUCAAGUCCAUGGCGCUGCAGUCGUUCAGAAGAUUCUCUCCCAAGGACUCGCAGAAGACUACCAACGCAAUGCUGCCGUUGCAGCUGUUCGAGAAAGCAUGCAGCGCCUCGGCAUUAGCGAUUUGCCAGGCUACGCCAGAUUGGCAAGCGAGGUCGGCCUACAGAGUGCGCAAACGCCGCGUCAGCCUACUGUCCGUGCCGGCAAAGGAGCUUCUGGACGGUCAAGUCCCGGAAGAACCGGUUCGACGCAUGUGUACCAUGCCGGCCAGAGCUUUCAGCCAUUCUACACGCCGCCGCCAGAGGCGUACAAUCAUCUCGAAGGGGCAGCUUACCAUCAUCAUAGACACGCUGCCCCGGACCAUCUUUACAGGCACACUUGAAGCCUACUAGACUGCCAGAGCAUGCGCCGGCCGCGAGCACAAAACUUGUACACAAUCAGCCUCAGGAACGGCUCAUCUGCAAGCUGACGAAAAAGAACGACGAAACCAUCUGAACUGCGAGAGGUCCUCAUAGAGACCCAUCGAGACAGCAUCAUUACUCAUCUUGUACGAAAGCAAAGCUCUCAUUGCAGCAUGUUUGGACGAAGUGAAGACGUGUGGGUGAAAACGAAGACAAUGUGAUGCUCGGCUGACUGUACAACGUUACGAGAAGCCUUGCCUAGGCAGAUGGCUCGCUGAUAUCUCCUCUC